UGUCAAAACAGUGUUAGGUCAAAUAAUUGCGUGAUAUAAUGUCACUUAUAAUCAAAAACCGCUUAAAUCUAAGUACUUUUAGACUUUUAAAAACAUACCUCCCACAGGCAUCAUACUGUUCCUUGGAGCGAACAACCCGUCACUUAACCAUACACAAACAGGAGCAGGAAUCUCCUUUCGGGACGACCGGUGCAUUAGUGAAAAGUUACACACUCCAGCAGGUACGAUGGAAGUCGAAAAAAUCGAACCGAAAAGAUCGCACCCAACCGGCAAAAGAUGAUGUUGAUGACGAAGAUUCCGACGAGGAUCAGUCGGACGUCUUCGAGGAACUGGCAAACGACAAACACACGAAACUGCUCAAAACCAGUGUCGGCUCUAUGCGGGCUGAUUUAAUUGUUAAAGCCGGACUGGGAAUAGCUAGAAACAAAGUAGACACUCUUUUUUAUGAAAGCAAAAUCCGUGUCAAUGGACGAAAGCUGCUGAAGAAAAGCACCAUGCUGGAUGCGGGUGACGAAGUGGACGUCGUCAAGGGACCCAGUCCUAACAAUCCGGACCAUCUGAUUGUAUCCCGGGUGGAAAUCCUUGAUGUGACACCCAAAAGCGAGUCCAUCGGUAUCGUCAUGCGGCGACACAAGUCACUGAUAAUCGAGAGUUACGAAACGGAUGGCAGCGGUGAUAAGUGAUAAAGUGAGGGAGUGAAUAGCAUUUAUAGGAGAAAAUAAACAUUUUAUUGUCGAGUAAAGCAGAA